CGAGGAUUUUUACGUGGAAACCCAAAUCGGGAGAAAACCACGGGCCUUUUUUGGCGGUACCUUGCCAACGGGGGAUUUUUAUUAAUAUCGGGGGUGUGUACACGGUACAUGAUCUAGGCUAGAAGCCAUUAAUGGAGCAUUUGAGCUCUUGAAGAAGAAGAAAAUAUACACAAGCUUUCUAGAGAGAGAGAGUAAAUGGGCAGGGAAGGAGUGAAGAGUGUGAAUUGCCCUCCCUCAACAUUGAGGGUAAACCCUCUUUUUAUAGGGGAGGAGAGAAAGCAUAUUCAGGAAAUAUUCUCUUAUUCCUCUAUUUUAUUAAACAGGCCCGGUUUGAUUGUUCUUCGUAAAUAAUUGGGAAAUGUGGGCCGAGCCACGUAUUAUUUCCCAUCAAGAAGUCCUCCACUUUUUUAAGUUGUGAGAAUCAUCAACUUAAAAAAGUAAACAAGUCCUCCGAGUGAUAUCUUCAGUCUUCGUACUUUGGAUUCUUGACCGGCUUAUUGGAAAAUAUGUGUAAGACCGGUGUGAGACCAGUGUACCAGUUCGACUGGGUCACAUAUUUUCUUUAUUAUACUGAGCAAGACCGGUGUAGUAACCAGCGUGCCAGGCCGGGCCUGUGUCUCAGUCUUCCCAUAAGAUAAUGCUGCUGGCCGGGCCAGAUCCACAUUGGAGAAUUAACCAUGUUGAAUGGUUUCGAGCCCUCUCCAAGGCCCAAAAUGCACCCUUCUUCCAGGGCCCCCUCUUCCAGAAAUGGCUUGUGGCUGGCUCCCGCGGUGGUUUCAGUGACUUGGAUACCACAUCAUUGCAGCGGUCCAAAACUGCAACGGCCGCAACAGUGGCGGUGGCGGCGGAUCUGAUGUUCAAGAGAUCAGAUUUCGGUAGUGGCAGACUUUUGGCUACAAAGGACCUCGGCGGCACCACGGAUGACCACCGACCUCUGGCGUGCAGGCGAUGACGGCAGAUCCAAUGGCGACGGUGGUGACAGACUUCUUCAGCAGCAGUGAUCCGCUUCAGCGGCGAAAAUGGAUAACCUCAGUGGCGAACAGAUCUGGAAGUUUUUUUUUAAACAGUUGUCACGAUGGCCAGACCUCAGUAGCGCUGGUGGCAGACUUCAAUAACAUGGUGGUGGACAU